AUGGAUUUAUUAACGUCAUAUUAUUUUAUUAACAAUAUUAAUCGCGAAAACAGUACGAAUACUACUAAAAAUAAUAAAAGUACUAAUAACGAUACAAGUAUUGACUAUACUUCUAGACAAAUAUCUGCUAUUACACCAAGCCCCGAACAACAUAUUAAUAACAAGCAAAAGAAUAAUAAUAAUAACAACUCCAAUAAAAAAAGUGUUGUAACUCAUAACAAUAACAAUAUAAAGUCUAAUGCUCUUUUAUGCAAGAUUGCUAAGUACCUACAUAAACAUGAAUUAAAAAAAUAUAAUGGAAAAAGGACAUUUGAUCACUAUAUUAAUUUUUUAACUGAUAUUAUUAAAAGAAGCAAGUCCACCAAAAAUAUUUUAUUAUUAACUUUAUAUUAUUUAAUUAAGAUAGAUGAAAAUUGCAGAACAACUAGUUCCAUUGGUCCUGGUAUGAGUUCAUAUUGUUCAAAGAGAAAGUUUUUUGGUUGUUUGGUAUUAGCCCAUAAAUAUUUAAAUGACAAAACUUUUAAAAUGGAUUCAUGGUUUAUUAUUAGUGGUGGAGGAUUAAGUAAGUUGGAAAUAUCACAAAUCGAAAGGUGGUGUCUAGGUCAAUUAGAUUAUAAUUUAUAUGUUCGUAACAUCAAUGAUGUGAAAAAUUGGUGUCUACCUCAUUUGUUCGUUUUUAAUAGCCCCGACAAGACCGAUACUGAUUUAAGUGAUUUACUAAAUUAUCAAAGGCAAGAACAAAGCUUGGAAUACUGUCAUUCCAAGAAUCAGAUAUCCUGA